AUGCCGAGAAAGGUUGGAAACGUUCUUCUCAAUGUUGAUGGCCAUUACUUUCAAAUCGAUCGGCAUUUACUCGCGUCGCAAAGUAUUUAUUUCAGAGUACUUUUUCAUAGUCCAACGAGACGAGAUCAACAUGGAGCAAUUGUCAUUCCAGGAAAUGCGGAAAGAUUUGGUUUGAUUUUGGAUUAUUUAACUGGCGAACGGAAUUUAUCGUUAGAACAAUUAGAGAUGAUUAUCCCGGAUGGUUCGUCACUUUAUUUGAUUCCAUCGUUGACUUAUUUAGCACAAUAUAAAGCGGAAUAUGAAGUGAAAGAUCGAAAACGGAUUGAAGAAGUUAAACGAGCAAUGGCGAAAAUGAGCAAAUUAAAAAGAGAAGUUCUCAAUUUAGAAGCUUAUAUUGAAAAUUUACGAAGAAAAACAAGUUAUUCAUUAAUGUAA